GUUGCUUCCAUCAGGGAAAACGGAAACAACGAGGACACGUCUCAGCCAUAAUGAACCUUUUCUGCUUUUCACUGGAGGGGUCUAUGGACAGCCUGUAUGAGGUGGUACAGAACUCCGGUGAUGGUCCACAACUGCCCAUCCCCAGCCGCUCCUCCAGUCGCUCAUGCAGCCGCUCAUGCAGCCCGGCGGUCCUUCUGGAUGACAACACAAAGUGGAGAGGGUCUGGAAGGUCUAUAUCUAUGGAGAUGCCUCAGGGGAAGAACUCUAAUAAAAAGAAAAAAAGAACACAUAUAUCCAAGUCUGUAUCAGAUAAUGAAGCACUUGCAGACUGUAAUACCACCGUCUGGCAGCCUGCCAAGAGCCGAGAAGAUUUAGUCCACAUCACCAACAAUCACAAUGAAGAGACGAGGAGGGCUAAACACAGAGCAGAGACCAAAGAAGGGAAAGGAGCACAUCAUUCUGCCACAAAGAAAAAGGAGAAAGCCCCCUCAAGUCAGAGUAUCCACACCACUGGUGUGACUACAGAAACUAAACCUCCUGUCAAAAGAGGCCAAAAGCCUGGAAAGAAAGCAACUGGAAAGAGUGUAAAAGAAGCACCAAAGAAGACUCAAAACGCCACAGUGCACUCCCAAUCAUGUGCAAUGAUCCAACAAAUGGGACCCCAGUAUUUGGACGUGCCAUUCAGGUCAGACCGGAGGCCGUACCUGGGCAAGUCCUCCACCCUCCCCUCUCAGGAGAACACGACCCCAGGCAGGUGCACAGACAUGCUCACCCUCCCUGGUGGAGCUACACCCACCCACACCCACCACCAGCGUUGGAGCAGCCCGGGUGACAGUAGUCCUGCCUGGGGGACCAUCCAGCACACCUGCCGCAGGCCGCUUACAGAGUACCGUGUGUACUCCCAUGACUUAACCGCGCUUAAUGGGAAGGACUGGGAGGGAGGACAGCAGACAGGGACGGCCCAGGAUGACGGCCUACAACAGGACUGUAAACCACAGAUCCCUCCAAAGGUGUCGCGAUCUAUCACAGAUGUGGAUCUGUCAAAACCAAAUGUAAAAACAAGAUCUGAAGGACUGAGGUUUAAUAAAUACUCCAAAAACAAGGGGAACAUGUUACAAAGGGCAGCAUCCAAUGUAUCAGACAAAACAAAGAGCAGCAAGCCAAAGCGCUCCACCAGCUUCGGCAAGUUUGAGGCUCUCAGACAUCCGCCAUCGCAAGCCAAACCAGAGGACAAUGGAACAACCCUCAUGGAAGAAUGUGAGGACCCUCAUAAAUCAGCCGGGAUUGGGAAGAAGAUGAAAGCUAUUUCAUUGACCAUGCGCAGAAAAAUGGGCAAAAAACAUGCCAAGUCUUUUUCAGAGGAGACAGGUGAUGACACAGACAAAGAACCAGAGGCAGAGACAGAGAGCAGCAAUCCUCCUGAGAAAAACCCAACAAAGACCAGCAACUCCUUAGAAAGUCUCUACAGUGGACAGAGCUCUUCAAGUGGUGUGACCAGUGAGUCCAAUGGUUCUGGUCAGAGGGACAGCCUGAGGCUGGAAGAGGACGGCUCCUAUCAGGGUCAGUUCUGUGGCAGAGCUCGCGUCCACACAGACUUUGUUCCAAGUCCGUAUGACACAGAUUCCCUCAAACUCAAGGUCGGUGACAUCAUCAACAUCAUCAGUAAGCCUCCAAUGGGAAUCUGGACCGGCAUGCUGAACAACAAAGUGGGCAACUUUAAAUUCAUAUAUGUGGACAUUUUGGUGGAGAAAGGUGAAGAGGAGGAGGCUCCCAAAGUCAGACAACAGAAGUUGAGCAAAAGACCUCGGCCUAAAACAUUGCUUGAGUUACUGGAGCGACUGAAUCUUCAGGAGUAUGCCUCUGCCUUGCUGCUGAAUGGAUAUCAGACGGUGGAGGACUUGCUGCACCUGCAGGAGAAACACCUGAUAGAGUUGAACGUCAAAGACCCAGAGCACAGACACAGACUCCUGGCUGCUGCUGAAUGCCGCUACACGGAAGGUGAUGAUGUCAGAGAAGGUGAAGAGCAAAAACCCUCAAACAGUCAACAGGAAGAAGACAGCGACUGUCCCAGAGACUCGGGCUGCUUCAUCCCGUCUGAAUGUUCCGACAGCAAAGAGGAAACAGAGCAGCUCACAGACGCAGUGGGCUCUUAA